ACUCUUUGUUCUCUCCACCUCUGUCUCACGCCUUGUUCCCUCCACAGACAUCUCCUGCGAGGCCGGCUACUACUACGACCUGGGCGACCUGUCCUGCCGACAAUGCCGGAAGGGGACGUACUCGCUGGGCGGCGGCAUCCUGCUGGAGUCCUUCCAGCAGGACAGGCUGCCCGACGGCUUCACCUCUCAGGUCGAGACCUUCCGCUCGUCCUUCACCACGCACCGGGGCAGCGGGCCCGACAUCGACUGCAGCCAGUUCGGCUGGAAGGCCCGCGGCGGCUACCUAGCCUCGCUCGGGGGCCCAUGCGCGGCCACGCUGACGUUCGACGUGCACCUCGUCAAGCCUGGCAACCUCACCUACACCUACCAGUACCCGGACAAGGACGUCAUCUUCGACUUUGAGGCGCAGAACGCCCAGUGCCAGAGCCUCCGGGACUCGAAGGAGUUCCGCUGGCCGCAGUACACGCGCGAGGCGGGCGAGUGGAAGAAGCAGUCGGUGCGCCUGCUCACGGGGCAGAACGUGCUGCAGUGGAAGACGCUCGGCAUGGACCACGGCCAGAGCCGGCCCGUGCUCAUCAAGAACAUCGAGAUCAGCGGCGUGUCGCUCACGUCGUCCUGCCUGCCGUGCCGGGCGGGCACGUACAGCGCGGGCGGCGCGCGCGUCUGCACCGAGUGCCCCGAGAACACCUUCUCCAACUCGGAGGCGUCCUCGUGCCAGCCGUGCAACCCCGUGACGGAGUACGCGCCCAAGGGGUCGCCGUCGUGCCGGCAGCGGCUGCCCUGCAGUCGCCAGGACUACUACGAGAAGCGGACGCCCUGUGACGCCGACAAGCAGACGCAGCGCGUGUACGAGUGGAUCGCGCCCAAGAUCUGCCGCGACGACCUGCCCGGGUCGGAGCAGCUGCCGCCGCCGUCGCCGCGCCGCCAGUGCGCCCCCUGCAACCCGGGCAUGGACUACGGCAACGGGUCCACGUGCGAGCCGUGCCCGCGGGCGACCUGGAGCGACGGCAACUCGGCGUGCGCGGCGUGCCCGCCAGGCUCCACGCCCAACUACGGCAUGCAGGUGGCGCGCUGGGUGGAGCUGCCCGCCUUCAUGAGCGCGGCGUGCCUGGAGCCCGACGGCUCGACGUGCCCCAGCGGCGCGGGCUGGCAGGUGGCCGGCAGCCACAUACACACGACGCGCCACCACUCGCCCGGCGCCUACCUGCUGCUGUCCAUCUCGGUGGGCGGCUUCCGCUCCAAGGGCGGCGUGACGGUCACGGGCCCCGCCGGCGACCACCGCCGCCUCGAGGUGGGCCGCGUCGAGUUCUCGUUCGAGCUGGACUGCGCGGCCGAGUGCGAGUUCGUGUUCCUGCAGACGAGCGAGACGAAGGGCAUGACGCUGGUCGAGAGCUGGUCGCAGCGCCAGGCCCGCCAGACGUACAGCUACGCCGUCAUGCAGAACGACUCGUACACGUUCAGCUGGGCCUUCCAGCGGCUCGGCCAGGGGCCGGCGGGGGCGGCCGACGCCGUGGCCGGUGCCCUGGGACUGGGCGGCGCGGACGACGAUGGCGGGCGGCGCGGCUACGUCGACAUGGCCAAGAUCUUCUGGGUGAACGUGACCAACACCGAGGACGGCGGCGCGGCCUCGUGCCUGCCCUGUCACCGGGACCUGGACUCGGAGGGCUGCCUGCCGUGCCCGCCGGGCCAGUACAUGGAGCCCAACGGGACGGGCUGCCAGUUCUGCCCGCCGGACACCACCGCCGUGGAGCCGCUCGUGGCGGCGCGCCUCGGCCAGGAGGCCUGCCAGCCCUGCGGCCCGGGGCUGCACGCCGUCAACGGCGGCAGCUGCGAGACCAAGUGCUACUUCGAGAUCGGCGACAACACCUACGACCUGCGGUCGCUGGACACGCCUGUGGCGGUGCACGGUAGCCGGCUGUUCACGGCCUCGGGGGCGCAGUACUACCACCUGUUCAACAUCAGCCUGUGCGGCACCGGUGAGCCCGCCCAGUGCAGCAACACCAUCACGGUGGGCGAGAGCGCGGCGGAGCGGGCCGCCGAGUCCAGCAGCGUGGCGGCCUUCAUCUGCAGGACGACCGUCAUCCCGGGCCAGGGCCCCGUCGGCAUGGGCCAGGGCGAGACCCUCGGCGACGGCGACGUCGACGAGCAGACCUUCUCCACGCAGUCUGUCGCCCUGGGCGACGAGCUGCUCGCCGUCACUACCGACACCUCGUACAUGCACAUGAAGGUCAUCGACGAGUUCGUCCAGGACGACUUCAAGGACAUCCGCUUCUACUACGCAACGCCGCUGCCGACGCGGUCCUGCCCCAAGGGCCGCACCGCCGUGCUCACGCUGCGCUGCGACCCCACCGAGAACGGCAACUCCACCAUCACGCUGCCCGCCCAGUGGCCCGACGGCACCUCGGACGGCUGCAACUUCAACUUCAUGUGGAAGAGCAGGUCGGCGUGCCCCUCGUGCGGCACCAACGACUACAAGACCGUGAAGGGCGAGUGCGUGAACCGCAAGCAGGCGGUGCACUACCUGCCUGCCAAGCACUGUCGCCCGUCCUCGCCGGAGGUCAGCACCGUCUUCGUGGCCUGCACCACGCAGAUCCCCCUCGAGGUCCAGCUCGUCGUGGCCGUGUCGGUGGCGUUGGCGCUGCUGCUGUGCGGCUGCAUGAUGCACUUCUGGCGCAAGACGCAGAGCCUGGAGUACAAGUACAUGAAGCUGGUGCAGUCCAACGGCGGCCGGGACGGCGACAUGGACGGCGACGUGGAGGCCGAGUGCGAGCUGCCGCCGGCGGAGAGCUGCGCCCUGGGCGAGGAGGACGCCGAAGAGGAGGACGUGGCCUUCAGUGCGCCGAGCUC